AUGGCUAAGACUGUAAUGAUGAGGUGCUACCUGCUUUGUGUACUAACUCUUGCACUGUGCUGUGCUUGUGGGUUGGUAUGGGCUGAUAGUCACAACGCUUCUGAUGCCCUUAUUAACACUUCCACUGUUGGUGCUCCUUCUCUUGUUCAUCAUGCUGUUCCUGCGGCUGUGAAACCUCUUCAACAUGCUGGGAAAGGGGAAGGUGAGGAAGAUGAGGAUCUUGAGGGUUUUGAUGAUCUUGAGGGUGAAUUUGAUGAUCUUGACGAUCUUGAUGAUCUUGAGGGUGAUUAUGAGGAUGAGGAUGAGGAAUACGAAGAGGAGGAGGAAGAGGGAAACACUGCACCUUCAAGGAGUUCUGUGAAAUCCCGCACUCCAGCUAAUGCUGAACCAAAUGACAAGAAGAGUAAUGCCGACAGCAGCAGCAGUAUGAAUUCUGUGUGGGUGCGUGUACCACUACUGAUUGUGGUUACACUGGCCUGUAUUCUUGUGUGCUGA